CAGAAGCGAAAAUGCUGUAACGCGCGAUGUGGCAGACAUACUAGCAGGGAAAGCCCUUUUUUUCCGUUUUGUUACCUUUUUCUUUCUCUGGCUCUGCGGAUUUCCGCGGGAGGCUCUGAUACCUUUUUUUUUUUUUUUUUGCAUAACACAGUUGGUGACUUAGGCGUUGACAUGGCGUUCAUUCGUACUCUUCUUCUUCUUUCCUUUCUCGAGGCGAGCGAUACCUAUUUCCCCCUGCUACAACCUAGAGUUUCAGGUUUUUUAUUCCCUAUCAAGCCAGCCACCUUUUUCUUUUCUUCUAUAAUUUCCUUUUCUUCUGAGCAUACACUGUACGCGGCACAUUCGGAGAGGUUCCUUCGCGUGUCUCGGGGAGUUUUUCUCCUGUUUUGA